AUGCAUGCCAUACCGCCGCGUCAUUCCAUCUCGGCGUCCGUCGUAUACAGCGUCUGCUCGAGCGCUUCUACUGGUGGAUUGGUUUGGAUCGUUCCGUGCGCUGGUGGCUUCGGGCGUGUUUGGUGUGUCAAGCUCGCAACUUCACGUAAGACUGCUCGGUGGCCCGUCAUCGCUGUGCCAUUGCCGAAGGGGCCUCGUUCGGUCGUCGGCGUCGACUUCUUCGGACCUCUACCAGUGACUGCCAAGGGCAACUCCUACAUUUUGUUGUUCACAGACCGUUUCAGUCGGAGAGCCGACAUGUUCGCAGUUACAGCGGCGGAAUUUACGGCGAAAGGGACGGCUCACAUCUUCGUCAACCAAUAUACGACCAAGCGGGGAUGUCCGACUACGUUAUUGUCGGACAACGGACUGCAUUUCUGCUCGAAGCUCUCCAUGGCGAUCUACGAGGUGGUGAAGAUCAAGAAGGUCACCACCAGCUCCUACCACCCACAGACCAACGGCGGCACGGAACGCUUCAACCACACGAUGGCCCAGGCGCUUGCGGUGGUCGUCAACGAACAGCAAAACGAUUGGGAUGCGGUCAUCAAUGCUUGGCCCGCGAUCAACUCGAGUAUUGCAACCUGGCUGUGGAUCGCUAGCGCCGGGCCUGCAAAACUUGUCCGUGAGUACAACGCCCUGGAGAUUUCGCGAGUAAAACUCCGCAAUUCAUCCCUGCUGGACGCCAUCCACAAGCUCCCUCAGUUUACCGUUGGUGGGUGGGCUUGGGUGUACAACACGGCUGCUACAAUUCGACAGGGUGUUAGGAAGGACACGGACCAACAGGUGCUAAAGGCCAACUUCGCACUUUCCUGGACGGGGCCCUACAAAGUUCUUGCGGUGGGUCCCACCUCUGCCGAUGCCACUCCGGACGGCUGCCCGUUGGCGCGUAAACUCCUCUACCUGGACCUUCCUUCCGAUCUUUCCGGCCCGGCAGCUCGUUGUCGCGUGUCUGUCCUUCGUUGCAAGCCCUGUCGCAAUCCGUACGAGA